CGCCGUGUUCGGUGUCCCUCGACUCCUCGAGCGAUCAUACCAGCUACAAAAGCUCGAUCCUCGGGCCUUUCUCAAUCGGGGAAGAGUCAAAAACCCAAAUCCAAACCUCGCCGCAGACCACCUGCUGUCUUGCUCGAUCAAUUGCCUGCGCGGCUGCGCCCGCCCGAACUCCCGGCCGGCCCAACGCGCCGCCGUCCAUGAGCUUCCUCGCCGGCCGCCUCGCGGCCAAGGAGGGCGCGUACUUCCUCCAGGAGUCAAAGACCGCCGUCGGCCGCCUCGCGGAGAAGCUCCCGCCCUCCGCUUCGGCGCCCGCCGGGGGUGCGCGUGCGUCGGCGCAGGCGCAGCCCUCCCCCGACGUGCUGCCGGAGAUCCUCCGCCACUCCGUGCCCAUCAAGGGGACGCCGCCCCCGGCCGAAGCCUCCCUCUCCGCGUCCUCCCGCUGGGCCCUCCCGCCGGGCGGCGCCGAGGCUGCGGGCUUGCACCCCGACGCGCUCAACCCGCUCCGCUCCUACGUCUCGCUGCCGCAGGCCACCUUCGGCCCCAAAAGAUGGCAGCUUCCAAAUGAACAACCUAACUACUUGGCGUCAACAGCCAAUGAAAGGCGGCGAGAUAGGACCCCACCUCCCAUGGACCCUGAGAAGUUGAAAGCCGUAAUUGCUGGAUACUCACAGAUUGGGAAGGCAUUCAUUGCUGCAACCUUUUUGGUGUUUGGAGGAGCAACAGCUGUGAUGUUGUACACAGCAGAUAAGCUACAGUUGCAUUCAGUAGAUGACGUUAAAACUAAAGGAAAAGAUGCACUGCAGCCACGAGCUGAUAUGAUUAAAGAACAAAUAGCUCCAUUGAGAAGCUGGGCUGAAGAAAUGUCCCGAAAAUGGCAUUUCGAAGGCGAUAAAGAAGCAAAGGAGAAGUCUGUCAUCAUUAGAGAACUUUCAAGAGCUCUGGGCUCCAGGACUUCCCCUAGUUGAUCAACAAUGACAUACGGCUGUUGUAAAUCCACCAUUGUCAAGUCAUCCACUUUGUUGUAUCCGUCCUUAUCGUUUUCCAUAUGUCUGUGUAUAGGAAACAGUACAUCCUGAGAUAUAUUGACCAAACUGAAUCGAUAUGUACAAUAUUGAUAGUUUGGACUUCCCGAUAGAGGAGAUUGGGAUCCCAAGUCCACAUGUUUUACCUGGGGCAGCGCCCUUACCCGAACAGACUCUGAAAUGAUAAGAAAUGAGGUGUUUGGCUUUCGAUGAAGCCUGGAAUUUGUGAAA